AUAUGUUUCUCUUUGCAGGGCCACCAUUGAACCAUUUUGGUAAAGACUGCGUUAUUAUUCCAUUCGGAGAUCAUUUUAGGAAACUUUCUUGGUGAGGUUAUUUUCAUGGCUGCCGCCUCCUCGUCAUUUGCCUCAUCAAAAGAGACGACCAACUAUGCCAGGCUGUGUCGUCUUCUGGUGGAUGUUGGAUCUCAGGUACUGCGAUCCACUUUUGAUAAAAUACAUCCACCAGCCACUCUACACACAGUUUUGGGAAGUACCUCUGUGCACUACCCUAUAUUGCAAUCACUGUACAGAGGGAAGAAGAAAGUGCUGAAUCCUACUCAAUGGGGGAAGCUUUAUCCCGCUCAUUCGCCCGUGUCAUCCGCAACCUUUGACAUUACCCUCCUAACAGUGCUGCUUAGAAAUAUCUGUGGUUUGAGCCCUCCUGCCACUGGUUGGGACCAUCUUCCCCCAGCUGCUAACACAAGUAUUGCAGAUGAUAUCGCCAGAGUGAAGUAUUACAGGAACACUGUGUACGGCCAUACCUCUCAAGCUGCUGUAGAUGACAUUAGCUUCAGUGCUUAUUGGCAGGAGAUACGAGAAGCUUUGGUGAGACUGGGAGGAACUCAUUUUCGAGCAGAUAUCAACAGUCUUGAGCACGACUGCAUGGAUCCGGAUAUCGAAGAGCAUUAUCGUGAGCUGAUGAAGCAGUGGAAGAAAGACGACGAUAGCAUUAAGAACAAACUUGAAGAGAUGGAAGCGAACAUUAAAGAUUCUGUACAGGAGAUCGUGAGAGACACAACCGGGAAGAUAGAGAGUGAAAUUAAAGAGGUGAAAGACCAGCUUGCUUCCCUAACGACAUCAGUAGAGAAGAGCACAGGAGCAGACACAAUCGGGAAGAUCGAGAUUGAAAUGAAAGAGAUGAGAGAAAAGCUUGGUUUUCUUACCGCUUCGGUAGAAAAAGGCACAGCAGAAGGUGCUUUUGAUCCAACUGAGCUAAUCGAUGGAAUUCGCCAGCUGUACAAGACUCGUGAGGGAUGGCUCUCGCCAUUUCCAUGGUGUGAAGAGUUUCAGUUUUUUGUCGGUGAUAUUUUUACAAGGCUCAAAGUGGUCAGAAGAAAGAAAACUAGAGGAGCCGUCACUGACGAAAUCAUUACCAUGUCGUCUCUCUUGAAUCCACAUGAAGAGUGUUCAGAACCGAGAACAGUGCUAAUUGAAGGAAAACCAGGAAUGGGUAAAACUACCUACUGUAAAAAGUGUGUUUAUGACUGGGCUACAAAAAAGCAGAACCCCAAUGAUUGCGUCACAAACAUAAAAGUAGUGUUGUUGCUAAAAUGUCGUGAUAUCAAGUCCAAUAUUUGGGAAGCCAUUGAUGAUCAGCUUCUUCCCCGAGAUGUCGACGAAGACGUCAAACAGCAAUUCUUCCAAUUUAUUUGUGCCAACCAAUCCAGCAUUUUAUUGAUACUAGAUGGACUGGAUGAGUUAGCUUCCACUGAAAUGCCGAUAAUUUCAGAAAUACUUGCCGGAAGAGUGCUUCCGAAAUGUAAGGUGGUGGCAACAGCAAGACACGAAGCUGGAGUAAAGGUAAGACAAUUGUGUGACACCCUGUUUGAGGUCAAAGGUUUUACUGAAGCACAAGCUAGAGAAUUUAUCGCCAAGUACUUCAAGGAAAAGUCAGAGUUAGCUGAAAAGCUCUCGGCACAAAUAUCACACGAUGAAAACCUUAGAGAAAUGUGUGCCAAUCCAUUGAACACGGCUCUGCUUUGCCUUUUAUGUGAAGAAUUUGGUGGUACUCUUCCGGAAAAAAGAACUACGCUGUAUUUGAAUAUGAUUGAAUGUGUCUUGAAAAGAUAUAGGAAAAAAAGAGAACUACCAGAUACGAAAGAAGAUCUUACAAACCUUUACAAACCGCAGUUG